UUUUGGGUUUUUCCAAAUUUUUAAAAUAUUUCAACCGUCAGCAUGCUUAUAAUGAUGUUGCUGGAGAAGUCGGUCACUAAGCUCGAGGAGUUGGCCGGCCUGGACAUGACCUACUUCCUCCUGGCCUAUGCCUGUGUGGUCCUGAUGAUUCUGGGCGUCCCGUUGGCCAUUUUCCUGCAAAACCAGGAUGCGCCCGCCGACCGGCAGCUGUUCCUUCUGGAGGCUAACCGACCCAUGAGGAGAUCCAACCAGGGUGGAGACUGUCACCGACGGCAGGAUGCCCGGAAUGAUUCAAUUGCCUAAAAUGGUCGUUCUGUUGAUAUUGAUAUUCAUGUGGGAAAUACAUGGCAUGCGAUAGGCAGAA